GGGGAACAUUGCGUACGUUCUUCGUUGAAAGGAGAGAAAAGCGGCGCGGACUGACAUCAUAGACGUGGAUAACGAUAAAAGUGUGUUCAAGGGUUACCUGUCGGUUCGAUCGUUCAAUAACAAUAAUCUGAUUUGCUCAAGAUGAAUACCUCGUGACGCGCUACAUUCAGAGAAACUGAGAAAUCGGACAAUUUCUCACACUGGGUAUCGUUGCCGUUCGAUUAGUCACGAUAGUACGUUCUUCUCUUUUUACGCGCUAGAGAGAGACGGCUCUUUUCUUUGAGUCAGUGCAUUGCGCGGUUCGUGACAAUUCUCUUCAAUCGUGACGCGGCUCGAGUCGACCGUGCCGAUACUGACAAGUGAUUCUCGAUGGCUAGUUUGGCCGGUGGAUCCACCGGAUUAUUGCGUCCUCCGACGAUGCUUGAACAGCUAUUGGAGGAGAUUAAUUUUCAGAGGACAAAGGAGAUGCGUCAGCUACUCAAAGAUGAUUCGGGUUUCGUCAUGCUCCAGGGUACAACAUAUUGGACAGACUUAUUCGUGCGUCACUUCCUAUUCCAAGCAGAGCACACCAUAGACGGUGACGAUCUGCUAUUUUUCGUACGCAAGAAACACGUCAAAACUUCGUCGCGUUACUUACCCAAGUUCGAAACAGAAGUUGACGUCUUCCGCAAGGAUAGCAAGAAGCUUCCUAUUGGCGAUCCAGAUAUUGACUGGGAAGAAACUGUGUACCUGAAUCUUGUAGUGCAUCAAUUUGAUUACACCCUCACGUUGGCGAUCUGCACUAGAACGAGCCCGAAAGAACUUCAGGUUCUUCGAAGACACUCGCAAAAAGUUUACGCUAGUCCAAGCCGCCGUCGCAUGGAUGCCAAGGGCGACCUGGAAGAAAUGACUUACCCACACAUCUGUUUUAUGGUGGAUAACUUUGACGAAGUUUUCUGUGAUAUCUUAGUCAGGGAUGGUGAAAUGGUCUGUGUUGAACUAGUGGCUUCGGAUAGAGACGGUGCUGUUCAAGGCGUCAUUUUUCUCGGAUCCAUCCGCUACGACGCUUUAAAGAAAGUAUAUGAUGCUAGGUCUAGUUUGAGUACAAAAAUGGCACAGCGAAUGACGUUCGGUCUCUUUUCUGGAGCAGCGUCACAGAGGGUCGAGUUCGUUCGAAUGAAAGGCCCUCAAGGUAAAGGUCACGCAGAAAUGGCCGUGACAAAGCCGAAAGGAUCCGGCGCCGAGACUCCGACUUCCGAGCCAGGUUACUGCGCUACAGACGCCUUGUGGGACGCCGACUGGGAUGACGCCGAGGAGAUCUUCAUGUACCGUCACCAGAGACGUCUCUCAGAUCCGAGUGCGAAUUUGAACAACUUUGUUCGCGGCGGAUGGCGGACAAAGCCGGAUUCUGCGGCCACGAAAGCUCGGUCAGAGAACGAGGGACUGGACUCGAUGGCCAACGGGCUUAGUGAGAUAGAAGCGGGCGAUGUUCGGGAUGCGGAAGUGCAGGAGACUUGCAGCUGGGGCGGGCGGGGCUCGCCACACUUGAUUGGAAAUAGCAGAAGUCCACGCUCGCAACGGAGAAGAUCGCCUCUACUGCCUGCGAGGUACGUCAACCGGAAACAACGAAACUCCCGGGAACUUCCAAAUGAAAAUGUGUCACCCAGUCGCAAGGAGGCCUAUCACGAGACUGGCGGCCCCCAGAAUCACCAUAUCGAAGUCGGAAGUGAAAUACUGCCACCAGGGCCGUGUCUGACAGAUGACAACGUACGGCAAAAGUUAGACUCCGGAGCGAUAUUAGUCCACGGAAAAGAGGAGCUGCCUCUGAAUUACACGGACGAUAAUAACACCGUGAGCACCGACGCCGAUCGUCGGAUGUUUAAGAGUACGGAAAGUCUGAGCGCCGAGUCGCUCCAUCGGACCAUCGACAGUGGCGAUAUCGAACUCGCGAAUGGAACGACGGUUAUCGCCGAUGACACCCUCAAGAACAAAAACCAGAACGAGUCGACGCCCUGCGACAAAAACGCAAACACUAAAAUACCGAGAACCAAUGGAUGCGCCCAAAAACAAAGUGCGACACUCCCCAGAAGGCGAAGGCGACGCGCUCUUCACGGAAGCCUUCGAGGAACUCCGCUGCCUCCACAUCGGGUCACUCCCGAUGGUACGGCCAUCUACUAUUGGUGCGAGCUCCCGCGCCGCCCCGGUUCACAGGAACUCGACGACGGAGCGUACAAUCCAUUGUGGACCAUGCGCGGAUUCACGCAGACGUUUCACUUCUGGAAGGAGACGCGGCGGGCCCAGUCAGUUCCUCUCAACGCUUUCUUGACAUACAUCACGCUACCUUGGUGGAGCAUAGCCAAAGAUAUAUUAGAUCACAGAGAAGGUCCGAUUCUGACGUUCUAGCCGGUCACGGAGGUGAAUUUUUCUCAACAUUGUUUUAUUACUUCACAUUUUUGUGCAGUUACAACGUUAUUACAUGGUUCAAACUGUACGAAUGCAUUGAAAAAAUUGAACAUUUUAAGGCUGAUGUAAAAAAAAAAAAAUCAAA